AUGCUCGUCGCGAUGCGACGCACCGCGACUCUCCUUUCGGCCUUAGGCCUCACGGCGCAGCUCAGCUCUGCAGCCUACACUUUACAAGACGACUACUCCGGCUCUGGCUUCUUCGACGGCUUCUCCUUCUUCACCGACACCGACCCCACCAACGGCUUCGUUGACUACGUUGAUGAAGCCACCGCCCAGAGCAAUGGCUAUAUCUCCACCUCCGGCGACUACGUCUACAUGGGUGUCGACCACACCAACGUCGCCGGCAGUAGCGGACGUCAAAGUGUUCGCAUCUCCAGCGACGCCACCUACAACCAUGGUCUCUUCAUCCUAGACCUCGAACACAUGCCCGGAGGUAUCUGUGGCACCUGGCCUGCCUUCUGGCUCGUCGGCGCCGACUGGCCCAACAACGGCGAAAUCGACAUCAUCGAAGGCGUCAACCAACAAUCCGGCAACGACAUGACCCUGCACACUAGCGACGGCUGCAGCAUCUCCUCCUCAUCGGACUUCACCGGCUCCAUGACCACCGACAACUGCUACGUCUACGCCGCAGGCCAAUCUAGUAACGCCGGGUGUGGUAUCACUGAUCCCGACGCUACCUCGUACGGAACCGCCUUCAACGCGAAUGGCGGCGGCGUGUUCGCGACCGAGUGGACUUCAGAUGCGAUUAGUAUCUGGUUCUUCGAACGGGGGAGCAUCCCUGAUGAUAUUGAUUCCGGGAAUCCGGAUCCGGAUUCUUGGGGUUCCCCUGUUGCGAGGUUUCAAGGUGAUUGUGAUAUUGAUAGUCAUUUUGAUGGGUUGCAGAUUAUCUUCGAUACUACCUUCUGCGGCGACUGGGCCGGUAAUGUCUGGGGCUCGGGCAGUUGUGCGUCCGUCGCUAGCUCGUGCAGUAGUUAUGUGGCGAAUAAUCCGGGGGCUUUUGUCGACGCUUACUGGAGUAUUAAUUCGUUGAAGGUUUAUCAGGAUGAUGGUGAUAGCACUGUUGCUGGGGUGGUUGAUUAUGGGGAUGAUGACGACGAGGAUGAAGAUGAUGAUCAGGAUGAUGGGGACGAUGAUUCCGACGACGAUGACGAUGACGACGACGACUCUGAUUCGGAUGAUGAUUCAGAUGAUGAUGGGGACGACGACGACGACGACGACGACGAUGAUGAUGAUGACGAUGAAGAUUCUCGUCCCUGGAGGGGAGGAAGAAACCAUCAUGGUCAGAUGCUGAACGCGUCGACGUCGACUUCGUCGUUCCCUAGCCCGUCGUUUGUGAAGAAGGCCAGGUGGGAGCCGAGGAAUUAUAUGGCGGGCAUGAUUUUCUAA